AUGCGAGAUACCAGCAGAGCAAAUAAUGCGAGCGCCGCAGAUAUACCGAACAGUCAUCGGGACAUACUCGUGUACCUUAGGUGGCCUUUACUACCGCUUCAAAUCGUUGGUAUAUUACCAUUUUACACUACACAGGGGCUAUAUGAGAUCGGUUUGCCGAAUCGACGUACAAUAUACAUUACCAGAGCCGCACUGUUAAUAAAAAUUUGCUUUAAUAUACUGCAUACCUUCUAUUUGUUGUCACCCUCAAUGCUGGAUUUGCUCUUUUUAAAAAGCAAUACAGAUGGCAUAACGAAUAUCCUGGAUAUCGCUUUAUGCAUACUCAGCGAUGCUACACUAACGUGGACUUGUGCCGGUAAUACAGAUAAAAUUAUCAACAUACUCAACAGCUUCCUAAAGGUGGACAAAUUGCUGAAACAAGUUCCCGCUCCGACUUUGGAAAGGUCACUUGCAACGAAUCAAUUUAAUAGAUACUUGAUAUGGAUACUUGGUUUUAAUUGUAUUGCAACGUUCUCGUACGUUAAACAAAGCCUGGAUAACUUCUCAUUUUACUUCUUUGUGCACACAGUCGUCUAUCUGCUGCAAUAUGCGAUCUUAUUCAUCUUUAUCUUUUUUAUUUCGGCGCUGUUGUAUCUUUUAGCGGAGCGCUUUCGAUUCGUUAACAUGUUGAUAACUCAAUAUAAUCGCAAUACUGUGCCAAACAGAGUUUUUAGUAAAAAUUCGUUGACUCAAGAUGAAGAGAAUUGUCUAUGUUUUGCUGAGAAUUCGGCUUUGAUUUAUAGUUUACACUACGAUUUGCUCGACGUUUACAAAAUGAUCAAUGACUACGCCGGUUUGGGGUUGCUGGUGUUCGUACUGUGCACCUGCUGCGAUUUGCUCAUUUGCAUCUACUACUUGGCCUUCAACAUUUGCAAUCUCAAUGAUAAAUUGCAUUACGUGUUGCGGGUACUGUUGUGGUUACCUUAUACCGUAGGAGCUUUGGUAGUGCUAGCAACGAACUGCGCUAAAGUUACGAGAGAGGCAAAUAACACAUCGCAAAUACUUGCUAGAGUCUAUGGAAAGGGCAAGGAAUAUCAAAAUAUUGUUGACAAGUUUCUUUCCAAAAGCAUUAGGCAGAAUGUGCACUUCACCGCCUACGGUUUUCUUGUUAUCGAUAAUACAACACUGUUCAAAAUUUCUUCAGCUCUGCUCACUUAUCUAGUGAUACUUAUUCAGUUCAAGCAGUUGGAAAAGUCAAAGGAUUAA